AUGUCCAAUGUAAUAAUUAGUCAUUUAAUAAAUUUUAUACUUAAAUGCGCACGCCAUAACACUGAGGACAAGCUUCCUGACGGUGAGGAUCAGGUUCCUCACGGUGAGGACAAGGUUCCUCGCGCAGAGGACAAGAUUCCUCACGCAGAGGCCAAAGUUCCUCUCGCUGAGGACAAAGUGACUCACACUGAGGACAAGGUACGUCACACUGAGGACUAGAUUCCUCCCGCUGAGGACAAUGUACCUCACACUGAGGACAAGAUACCUCACACUGAGGACAAGGUUACUCACGCUGAGGACAAGGUUCCUCACGGUGAGGUCAAGGUACCUCACACUUAGGACAAGGUACCUCACACUGAGGACAAGAUUUCUCAAGCUGAGGUCAAAGUUCCUCACACUGAGGACAAGGUACCUCAGACUGUGGACAAGGUUCCUCACUCUGAGGACAAGGUUCGUCACGCUGAGGACAGGGUUCCUCACGCUGUGGACAAGGUGCCUCACACUGAGGAGAAGGUACGUCACACUGAGGACUAGAUUCCUCCCGCUGAGGACAAGAUACCUCACACUGAGGACAACGUACCUCACACUGAGGACAAGGUUCCUCACGCUUAG